CUAUUAUUCACUUGCAACAAAUUCCUAUCCAAAAAAAAAAAACAAGUACAACAUAUAUUUAAGGCAAAAAAUGGGUGGUUUUGGAGAAAUUAAGGUAGUCUGUUUGGUGGUGAUUGUGGUGGUGGCGGCGGUUGUGACUGCCGAAGGCGCCAUCUCAUGCGGGCAGGUAAUGAGCAGCGUGUCCCCCUGCCUGGCAUACCUCCAAGGAAGCGGACCAGUGGCGGCCUCUUGCUGUGAUGGCGUGAAAAACUUAAACAAGGCCGCGGCCACAACGCCUGAUAGGCAGGCCGUGUGCGGCUGCAUCAAGUCUCUUGCGCCAACCGUCGGGGCCAAGCCAGACUUGAUUAAUAGCCUCAUUUCAAAAUGUGGCGUCGCCCUUCCCUACCGCUACUCCCCGUCCAUGGACUGCUCCAAGAUCCAGUGAUGGAAGUUUGUGACGGAAAGUUUACAUAUAUAUGCGAUAUGAAUAAGAUGAUUGUAAUUUAUAAAUUGUGAGUGUACCAUCUUUACGACCUCCAUUUGGAGUCCUAUUAGUAUUGAAAUAAUUUGUGAAAUAAUAUUUAUUUAGUAAUAAAGCGAACUUGGUUUUUUGCAAUUAA